CGCGCUGUCCUUAGCCCGCGCACCCGGAUGUGAGUUCCUUUUGCUCCCCCGGAAGAUGGCGGGUGAGAAGGCGCCGAAGCCCGCGGAGAAGAAGCCGGCCAAGAAGAAAGGAGGGGAGAAGAAGCCGGCGGAGCAGAAGCCGAGCCAGAAAGCAGCAGGGGACAAGAAGAAGAGGGUGAAGAAGUACCAUGCCAGCCGUAACCCCGUCCUGGCCCGCGGCAUCGGGAGGUAUUCCCGCUCAGCCAUGUACGCCAGGAAAGCCCUGUACAAGCGCAAGUACACGGCCCCAGAGACAAAGAUAGAGAAGAAGAAGAAGGAGAUGCCCCGUGCCACCAUCACUAAGCCAGUGGGUGGAGACAAGAAUGGAGGCAGCCGGGUGGUUAAAAUCCGGAAAAUGCCCAGGUACUACCCCACGGAGGACGUUCCCCGCAAGCUGCUGAGCCAUGGCAAGAAGCCGUUCUGCGAGCACAAGCGGCGCCUGCGGGAGUCCAUCACCCCCGGCACGGUGCUGAUCCUGCUCACCGGCCGGCACCGCGGCAAGCGUGUUGUGUUCCUGAAGCAGCUUGAUACUGGCCUUCUGCUUGUUACAGGCCCCCUGGCUGUCAACCGUGUCCCUCUGCGCAGGGCCCACCAGAAAUUCGUUAUCGCCACAUCCACAAAGGUGGAUCUCACUGGGGUGAAAAUUCCCAAACAUCUCACUGAUUCCUACUUCAAGAAGAAGAGGCUGAGGAAGCCCAAGCACCAGGAAGGAGAGAUCUUUGACACUGAGAAAGAAAAAUACGAGCUGACGGAGCAGCGCAAGGCAGACCAGAAGGCCGUGGAUUCCCAGAUCCUGGCACGGAUCAAGAAGGUGCCUCAGCUCCGGGGGUACCUGCGCUCCACGUUCUCUCUCUCAAAUGGAGUUUAUCCUCACAAAUUGGUGUUCUGAGCAUUCUGGAAGCACCACAUUAAACUCCAAAGGAAAAAAACAAA